AUGCAACAAUCACUGCCCAGCAAGCAUGUACGCCCUGCACAGUUCAGACCCUUCUAUUCGAGCACUGCAGCCGAGACUCGACUCGACAGCGAGGGCAAUGCUCAGUCCUCUCUCUUCGCGCCUCUAGACACAUUUGCCCGUAGGCACAUCGGUCCCUCGCCUGACGACACUAUCGAGAUGCUCAAAGUCUUGGAUCCUCCAGUAAAGUCCCUCGACGAGUUUGUCACCCAAGUCCUGCCUGGAGAUAUUCUGUCAUCUCGCGACCUCAAGAUUGAAGGGCCCACCAAAUAUACCAAGGGCCAACCUCAAGAGACGAGUACCGAAGGAUUCUCGGAGAGUCAGUUGAUUGACAGACUGAGAGAGAUUGCCGAGAGAAACAAGGUUGUCAAAAGUUACAUUGGAUGCGGCUACGCAGGCACCCGUGUGCCAGAGGUCAUCAAGAGAAAUGUCCUCGAGAACCCUGCCUGGUACACGAGUUACACUCCAUACCAACCCGAGAUCAGUCAGGGAAGACUGGAGUCCCUGCUCAACUUCCAGACCAUGGUCUCUGAUCUCACUGGUCUGCCAAUCUCCAACGCAUCCGUCCUUGAUGAGCCGACAGCCGCUGCUGAAGCCAUGACUCUUUCUAUCAACGCCCUUCCAUCCGCACGCCAGAAGCGCUCCAACAAGGUCUUUCUUGUCUCGCACCUGUGUCAUCCUCAGACCAUCGCUGUCCUGGCCUCUCGCGCAGAGGGCUUCGGUGUCAAGAUCGAGGUGGAUGACAUCCUCAAGGACGGAAGCAAGAGAGUGGAAGAGAUAGGCGAAGAUCUGGUUGGUGUUCUAGGACAAUACCCCGACACUCUUGGUGGUGUCCAGGACUUUAAGAACCUCUCCGAGAAGGUGCACAAGCUCAAGGCAACUUUCAGCGUGGCAACUGACCUCCUGGCCCUGACUGUUCUUACCCCACCAGGAGAGUUCGGUGCAGAUGUGGCUUUCGGAAAUGCUCAGAGAUUUGGUGUACCAUUCGGCUUUGGUGGUCCUCACGCGGCCUUCUUUGCUUGCAGCGAACAGCAUAAGCGCAAGAUCCCUGGUCGUCUGAUUGGUCUCUCCAAAGACAGACUGGGGGACAAGGCAGCUCGUUUGGCUCUCCAGACCCGUGAACAGCACAUCCGUCGCGAGAAGGCUACCAGCAACAUCUGCACAGCCCAAGCCUUGUUGGCUAACAUGAGUGCCAUGUACGCUGUCUAUCACGGACCCGAGGGCUUGAAGGCCAUUGCUCACAGAGUUAUCAACUCUACUCGUGUGGUUGCCGAGGCUGCUUCGAAGUCCGGCUACACGAUCGAAACCACUGGCCCUCUGUUUGACACCGUCGUCCUCUCUGGAGGUCCUAUCUCCGGAAAGGCUGGUGACUUCGCCAAGCUUGCUGAGCAAGAGUACAAGACAAACUUGAGAGUCGUCGAUGAGAACCGCAUUGGUAUCACCUUGGACGAGACUGUGGAGAAGGAAGACCUCCAAGCUAUCAUCGACUUGCUCGUUGGUGCCGCAAAAUCAUCAUCCAAGCUUACCGUAGACAGCCUUGUCAAGGACAUUGGCCUCUCAGCAGACGGUGCCGUGUCCCAUGUUCCUGCCGAGCUCCGCAGAAAGAGCGCAUUCUUGACACACCCCGUCUUCAACACACAUCACUCCGAGACCAACAUCCUCCGCUAUAUCCACCAUUUGCAGUCAAAGGAUCUCUCUCUUGUCCACUCUAUGAUCCCUCUCGGAUCUUGUACCAUGAAGCUCAACGCCACAACCGAGAUGAUCCCCAUCACUUGGCCCGAGUUCUCGAACAUCCACCCCUUUGCUCCUCCUGAGCAAGCCAAGGGCUACGAAACUCUGAUCAACGAGCUCGAAGCCGAUCUUGCGGAGAUCACUGGGUUCCACUCAGUGUCCUUACAACCCAACUCAGGUGCUCAGGGCGAGUUCACCGGUCUGCGUGUUAUUCGCAAAUAUCUCGAGCAACAGCCUGGAAAGAAGCGCGACAUCUGUCUGAUUCCGGUCUCUGCUCAUGGUACCAACCCUGCUAGUGCGGCUAUGGCUGGUAUGCGUGUUGUCACCAUCAAAUGUGAGAGCGGCACUGGCAAUCUUGACAUGGCAGACCUGAAGGCCAAGUGCGAGAAGCACAAAGAAGAACUUGGUGCCAUCAUGAUCACAUACCCCAGCACUUUUGGUGUCUUCGAGCCCAAGGUCAAGGAAGCCUGCGAUCUGGUUCACCAGCACGGUGGUCAAGUUUACAUGGACGGUGCAAACAUGAACGCACAGAUCGGCCUCUGCUCACCUGGAGAGAUUGGCGCCGAUGUCUGCCACUUGAACCUUCACAAGACGUUCUGCAUUCCUCACGGUGGUGGUGGCCCUGGAGUCGGUCCUAUCGGUGUUGCAGAGCAUCUCGCUCCCUUCUUGCCUGGCCAUCCGCUGGUGAAGACCGGUGGCUCUCAAGCCAUUGCACCCAUCAGUGGUGCACCUUGGGGUAGCGCCAGUAUCUUGCCCAUCAGUUGGGCCUACGUUAAGAUGAUGGGUGCUCGCGGACUUACACACGCCACAAAGAUCACACUGCUCAACGCCAACUACAUUCUGUCUCGCCUACGCCCUCACUAUCCUAUUCUUUACACCAAUGACAAUGGCCGCUGCGCUCACGAGUUCAUCUUGGACAUUCGCAAAUUCAAGGAGUCUGCUGGUAUUGAAGCAAUUGAUGUCGCCAAGCGUCUUCAAGAUUAUGGCUUCCACGCACCGACGAUGAGCUGGCCUGUUGCAAACACUCUGAUGAUCGAGCCUACUGAGUCUGAGAGCAAGGAAGAGCUUGACCGUUUCUGUGACGCACUGAUCUCUAUCCGGAAGGAAAUCACAUUGGUGGAAGAGGGCAAGCAGCCUAAGGAUGGCAACGUGCUGAAGAUGGCGCCUCACACUGUCAAGGAUAUCAUCACAUCAGACUGGGAGUCGAGACCAUACACUCGUGAGACGGCAGCUUAUCCUUUGUCCUAUCUGAAGGAGAAGAAGUUCUGGCCCACUGUGACCAGACUCGAUGAUGCAUACGGAGACAUGAACCUCUUCUGCACCUGCGCGCCCGCAGAGACCUUUGAAGACAUGACUGGUGCCGCUGCACCCAUGCCUACUUGA